AUGCUACUGAAGUCUUAUUGAAUCACACCAGGGAAACUGGCCAAUGGCGGUCAAGUGCACAAAAUAUGAGGGGGCUCCUACUCUAUAUAAAGCAGUGCUUGUAUGUCAUCCAAUCUUUUCCUUCAGACAACCUUCUAUUAGAAACAAGAAGCCUAUCAUCAGGAGUACCCACCAUGAUUUACACGCUGCAGCGGACAUGCCUUCUCUUCCCCUGCUGUAUUCCGGUGAGCUUUUUGUCAAGGAUGACCUCUCACGAUUGCUUCUCCUGCACGGAGCCAAUCGAACACUCUGACGGCUACGAAUCGUGCGUCUUCUGCCUGGGUUGCGCACACACAGAGGCGGCGUUUGAGGGAUCGGACUGGAGAUACGACCCUUCGGCCUCUCAGGCUCCAUGUUGCCAUCAUCCAAGGCGAUGAACUCGCCCAAAUAGCUCUGCCGCACUCUUCAGGUGACAAGCUCGCACCUCAGUGUCCACACGCUCCUCACCCCCCUGUUGCAGGUUCCCUUCCAGCGCAAUUCAUGACCGUGGAUCUCUUUCCCUCCCCCAGCAUGCGGGAUAUGAUGUCUUUCAGUGCCAUGGAGUAAACUGAGGAUGAAGAUGAUGCCAUUUUGGUGGCUUUCUCCGUGGCAGGCACUGCAUGUCAUGGUGAUACUCCAUGUGUAUCAGGUAUUCGGCUGCUGUUCGGUGCAAACAUGAGCCAGCAGUGAGGCCAAGACAGCUUUAGCCAAAGCACCAUCAGGGCUCAAAGGGCCAGAGACCCCGUCCUGACAAAGACGGCAGGCCACCAGCACUGCAAUCAAAGCCAUGUUCCUGACACUGUCUCUCGGAGGAGAAGAGCUGCACCCAGCCCAGAAGACGAGCCACUGAAAAAGUCUGCUCGCUCCACUGUGUGAGUUGUCACUGUCCCGAAUAAGGCCGAUGAGUGUGGUUUCAUCAGCAAACUUCAGGAGUUUGACAGAGGGUUUUUUAGAUGUGCAGUCAUUGGCGUAUGAGGAGCUCCAGUGCUGAUUAAAUGGGUGCUGGAUGAGAAUUUUCCCAGCUUCACUAGCUGCUGCCUGUCUGUCAGGAAGCUGUUAAUCAACUGACAGAUGGAGGUGGGCACGGAGAGCUGAGUUAGUCUGGGCAGGAGGAGGUUUAGAAUGAUGAUGUUAAAAGUCCACAAACAGGAUCCUCACACAAGUCCUAGAUCUGUUUAGAUGGUCCAAAAAGUAUUGCAGUAACAUAUUGAAUUGUCCACAGACCUGUUUGCUCUGUAGGUAAACUGAAGAGGAACCAGCAAGGGUUCAGUAAUGUCUUUCAGGAUUCUGAUCUCCACCACACCAGCUGUGUUGUGUUAUUUCCUGAUAUGGGUAGUUCCACCUGUAGAGCAGGGAAAGAUCUGGUGGUAUCUGCUCUUCUACUGUCUCUUCCAAACUCUCCAGACAUGCUUUCAUGUGCCUUACUCAGCUCUGACCAUGUUCAUCAGCACUGAGCUGAAGGAACGAGAUUCAGCCACAGCGUACCGUAUGACUGUAGAGGUGUUGGGUACAGUAAUAGGCACUGCCAUUCAGGGGCAGAUUGUAGGCAUGGCCAACACACCUUGCAUUAACAGCACAUCCCAGACCAACACAUCUAGUCACUCUAUGCAUAUUAAUAACUCUCAGAUCUUACUGGACAACAAAUUAUUUAAUGAGAGGCGUGCGUAUAUGAUUGCAUCUGCAGUCAUAAGUUUGAUCUAUGUUUUGUGUGCUGUUGUGCUGUUUUUUGGAGUGAGAGAGCAGGACAAUCAGAGUGGUUUAAAAGCACAGAAGCAUGUGUCAUUUCAGAAGUCUUUGCGGUUGGUGAUGGGUCAUGGGCCGUAUGUGAAACUGGUGGUGGCCUUCCUCUUCACUUCUCUGGCCUUCAUGCUGAUGGAGGGAAAUUUUGCUGUGUUCAUCAAGUACACACUGGGAUUCAGAGAGGAUUUUCAGAACGUCUUACUGUUAAUCAUGCUGUCUGCCACUCUUACUAUUCCCAUGUGGCAGUGGUUCCUCUGCCGGUUUGGGAAAAAGACAGCUGUAUACAUUGGCAUAACAUGGGCGGUGCCCUUCAUGAUCCUGGUGGUGUGUGUAAACAGUAGUCUCUUGGUGUGCUACAUCGUAUCAGUUGCAGCUGGUGCCAGUGUGGCAGCGGCCUUCCUCCUGCCCUGGUCCAUGCUUCCAGAUGUGGUCGAUGAUUUUAAACUCCAGAAUCCCACCUCUCAAGGGCAUGAAGCUAUUUUCUACUCUUUUUAUGUUUUUUUCAUCAAAUUCGCUUCUGGAGUGUCGCUUGGAAUAUCAACACUUGCAUUAGGCUUUGCAGGUUAUGAGACAGGAGUUUGUGUUCAGUCUGAUUCUGUGAAUCUGACGUUGAGGAUGUUGGUGUCGGCUGCUCCUGUAUCACUUAUAGCUCUGGGGCUGCUCAUCUUUAAAAUGUAUCCCAUCAAUGAAGAACGCAGGCAGUACAACAACAAACAGCUUCAGCUGCUGCUGCAGAACGAAGUACUAGAGACUGAGAUGUAGACCUUGAAGCGCCACAUUACAGCAUGAAAUACCAGCUCUGGCCUACAGAGGGCGCCAAAACACAUCUUAACCGCUGCCAUGAGGAAAUCUAUCGGCUGAUCUUUCAGGGACAGAACUUUCCUCAAAUGGAACACUGAAGGAUGCUUAACCUUUGAAAAAAAAAUCUGCACUGCUGUUAUGAACGCUACUAUAACUAACUAACUAAAAUAUAGUAUUUGCUGGUUUCACUAACACGAACAGCUCUCCCUGGUCAACAAAGGGAUACUUGUAUGAUAAAUAUGAGGUACAAAUCUAACCACUACGUAUACAUCACAUAUUCUUGUAAAUAUAUUUUCUCAUUUGAGACUAUAGAUUUAUAUUUUGUUUUCUGAAUGUGAAGGAUAUGUUGAGUUGCAAUUGUUUGAGGACGUGUUUCAGUUUGUUGAAGAAUUUUUGGUUUGUUUUUGCACUUGGGUUGAAAAAUUGGUAUAAUAUAUAUAUAUAUAUAUAAAAACCUUUAAUUUUUUUUUCAAAGACAAUC